CGCACUCUUCGUGUUCAAGUGAAGGUGAAGGGAAUUCGACGAUACUAGCGCGCCGGCCUCGUCGCUCUCCCAUGUGGUACAAUAGGAACGACGGACUGUGAUUUGCUGGGAUCGACCAAACAAUACGGUGAUAUCAAAGUUACAAGCAUCUUCAAUCUCCAAAUAGGGAAUUUCUACAAGAAAAAAUCACGCUAUUGUCCGACGUCUCGACAAUGGGGAAAACGAUACACACGGGCAGCCCACGAGUCCAGAACCAGUAUAACAUCUCUACAGCUUCUGGUCCUUCUCCUCUUUGCAACCUACUUUCUACUCAUCAACUUCUAUCUUUGCUCAAUUUCUUCUUCUUGUAACUUCCCUUGCUUUUGACGCCGGUCGUCUCUAUAUUCUUACACUCAAACUUCUUCAUCAGUCGGUCUGGCACCGCUUCUUUCGAGCCACCAUGUCUUCACCCCAAGCUCCCAACUCUCCGGCUCGCCCAGAGGCUCCGGAUUCACGUGCUGAUGGACGCAACGUUUCUCCCGUUCUUCCUGUUGUGCCUGUCGACGCACCUAGAAACUUGACUCCAACCUCGCCUGCUCCUCGCUCAGAGCACUUGGACUCGUUCAAUGCUGUCCGCGACGCCUUUGCCGGUAUCCCCGACUUGCCUGUCGAUGACAUCCCCGAGCUACCUGCCUUCAACCCCUUCGAGCCCAUUGAUUCCGGUCUUCAUCAAGAAGACGACGGCUUGGGUGAUCUUUCUGGUUUCCGGUUCGACGGCGACUUUGCUCAACACAAAGAGCUCGGUCACAACGAACAGGCCAAGGAUCACGGUGCCGUCCACGAUGCCUUCGCUACACUUCCAGUAGUACCCACCAACAACCUCAACUUGGACAUCGGAAACAUGGACUUUGACCACACCCUGUUCGACUGCAACGAGUUCGCCGGCAAUCAAGGCAACGCCGACUUCACCGCCACCAACUUGGAGCUCUCCCUACAGCAUACACUUGCUUCGACUCAGAAUCAACAUGGAGGCUCCGCAUCUACCGUCGAGGAGCACACUGCACAAGCCUGCAACGAGAAGCCCCAGGUUCCAAAAUCCAGCAGUUCUGAUGCCGAGUUCAACUUUGAGGAGUUCUGUGCACGCUUUCACUCUGGAGAACUCAGUCCAGCUCAACAGGUUGGGGUUAUCGACGCCUUGGCCGAGAAGAAGAUGGACGCAGUAUACCAAGAUCUGAUGCGUGCUCAUGGGUUUCAACUUAUGGUUCCAACCGCGGUCCCGUCCGGAGCUCUCACCGAGGACAACUACUUACCCCUCGUAUGGGAGCCCGAAGUCGAUGAAGAUGGGAAUGAAAUUAUGGCCAUUGAACUCAACGCUCUUAUGCCUUCUCCGUCGUUUCCACCCCUUCAGCCCAUUUACCCAGCAUUUAGCGGGCGCUUCAAGACUGGUCCAGCCGCUAGAGCACACCGCAAGCGCACCCGCGUUCCAAAGAAGGAUGGAGCACCAGAUGUCGAACGCGUCAAGCGUUAUGGACGCAUGUACUGGGUACGCCGUAUCUACGAGUCCAUGAUCGACAUUUCCAACAUCAGCGACGGCGAGCAGUCGAUCAAGCGCAUUCGCUUUAGCGAAAACAUGGCGUUUGAUCCCAUGGAUAUCGAGGCUGCGGCUCACCACGUCUUCGACGAGGCCAUCGCCGUACACGAGCGAGGCUGGGUUCGCUCCAUCGUCUACCACAAGAGGGUGGUUCGCGGUAAGCUCACCGAUGUCAGCGAGAGGAGCUUGGAGAGGCGCUUGGCCCGUAUCUGUUUCUGCCUGCAGCGGGGGAAGGCGAUGUGCGAUGAUGUCAUGCGUGGAGGUAUCACUCUUGCGCUCUUGUGCGACAACCCCGAGGCUAGGGGCUUCACCAAGCUCAUGAACAACCUUGGCAACGCAAAGCGUGGAGAGCGAUUGAAGGCCGCGAAGGGGGUUUUGGAGGAGACUGGGGUCGCGGUUGUGGUUGCGGGAGAUGAUGAGGAGCAUGGCGAGAAAGAGGACCAGGAUGACGGAAGACGAGGAGCGGAAUCGUGACCAGGAUUGAUGAUGAUGGUGGCGGCGAUGGAUGCCAGGUCUUCACUGCUUUUCGAUAUCCAUUCCUUUUGAGCUCUCUGCUUGAGCGGCUGGUCCGCACAAGAGGCUUAGAUGUCCGUUCGGUGUCAACUUCCAUAUCACAUAGGAUUUGUCAAGCUCAGUAAAACUUGACACCUCCAACGCU